AUGGGUAUUACAAUUACAAACGAAACAAUUGUGCCUAUAAAUAUUGUGGCUAUUCACAAUCUUCCAAUGUAUAUUAAUUAUAGUAAAUAUAUGUGCCUUUUACCUGGAAAGGCUGUCAGAAUUCCUUGCAAACGUAAGCCAACUAGGUUUUUUAUUUGGAUGUAUAGUGGACCUAAAUCCGAAAUUACUGAUACUAAGCUUACAGCACUAUGUGCUGCACGCAAUAUUAUCAGCGCUAUAAGCAUGGGUUUAAGCGAGGCUAAGCACUUUAUAGCAGAGAGAAUUCUUGAUAUGGCAGCAAUCACAAUUCAAAAUUCUGUCAUGCACACUAUAGUUGAUCAAUUAAUCAUGGAAGCUGAAAGUUAUGCAUUUACAACAAUCGCUAAUACUUGUGCUGAUAAAAUGUUUCUUGAUAAACGAACCGAUCGAAAGCAUAUGAAGACUAAGUGGAUUUUCAACUCCAGAUCAAAAACUAUAAAAGUACAAGGCGGGCCUGUACUUUAUGUUACUGAUUGUUACAAAGAAUUGAUUGAUGGCAAAUUUGAAUUGGAAUUAAGCAAACUUGAAUAA